CAUUGAUCUGACCUUGUUAUUAAACCAAAUAUGAGGAGCUACAAAUUUUACUCGAGUUCUUUUGACUUAAGUCUGUAAUUGCUUGCAGUUACUCCUUGCUCCCAGGCUACCGUUGCUUUAAACCUACUACAGGAGGGGAAAGGCUGUUUUGAUUUGGUACUAAGUGAUGUUCAUAUGCCCGAUAUGGAUGGCUUCAAACUCCUCGAACUCGUUGGGUUGGAAAUGGACCUUCCUGUCAUUAUGAUGUCAGCGGAUGGAAGAACCAGUGCUGUUAUGAGAGGAAUUAGACAUGGGGCUUGUGAUUACUUAAUUAAACCUAUACGUGAAGAAGAGUUGAAGAAUAUUUGGCAGCAUGUUGUAAGGAAAAAGUGGAAUGACAAUAAAGAACAUGAACAAUCUGGUAGCUUGGAAGAAAAUGAUCGGCAUAAACGAGGGAGUGAUGAUGUUGAAUAUGCUUCUUCUGUUAAUGAAGGGACUGAAGGAAUAUUAAAAACACAUAAAAAGAGGAGAGAUGUUAAAGAAGAAGAAGAUGAUGAUUUGGAAAAUGAUGAUCUGGCCACAUCAAAGAAGCCACGUGUAGUAUGGUCAGUUGAGCUUCAUCAGCAAUUUGUUUGUGCCGUGAAUCAACUUGGGAUCGAUAAGGCUGUACCAAAGAGAAUACUUGAAUUGAUGAAUGUUCCUGGCUUAACUAGAGAAAAUGUUGCAAGUCAUUUGCAGAAAUUCAGACUAUACUUAAAGAGAUUAAGUGGAGUAGCUCAACAGCAAGGUGGGAUUCCCUAUUCAUUUUGUGGGCCUAUAGAACAGAAUCCAAAACUUGGUUCACUGGCAAGAUUUGAUAUUCAAGCUUUGGCCGCCUCUGGCCAAAUUCCUCCACAAACAUUGACGGUUCUACAUGCUGAGCUUUUAGGUCGACCAACAGGUAACUUAGUGUUGCCAGCAAUGGACCAGCCAGCUCUAUUACAUGCAUCCAUACAGGGCCCCAAGUGUAAUCCCAUUGAUAAUGGUAUCACAUAUGGUCAACCUCUGAUUAAGUGCCCACCCAACAUUUCCCAGAAUUUUCCUCACUCCAUAAUAUCCGCUGAGGAUGUUCAUACAGGAUUUGGAGCAUGCCCAUCAAGUAGCCUUGGCACCAUUUGUCCAAGCCAUGAUCUUGGUGGUUUGGGUGCUCAGAAUGGUAAUGUGUUAGUGGGAAUGUUACAACAGUUACAACAGCAACAGAGACAAUCAAUUAUAGCAGAAUCCAGCCGUUCAAUUAACGUCCAGCCUUCUUGCAUUGUGGUCCCUUCUCAGCCAUCAUUCAGUUUUCAGGCAGCAAAUACUCAUGCUUCCAGUAAUUUGAAUGGCACCUUAAAUAGAAGUUCCGUUAUUGAUUAUAGCCUUUUGUCACCCCAAUCAAACAGUUCGUCCUUUGGUGUUGGACUAACAUCUGAUGGGGAUCUAAAAACAAUAAGUGUAUUUAAUGGGCACUCUAUAGCAGGGUCUAUUUCUCCAUCUAUGUCAACAUGCUCAGUAAAUGCUGACAAUGGUUGUGGCAGGCAAGUUCAGAGCUCUACACCAACGUAUGUUGCUGGCAGACAGUCACGAGGUCUAGUUUCUAACACUGAUGGUCCUUAUAGUUCUAAGGAAGUUCAAGGGCUUGACCAGGGACCGCUCAGGAACCUUGGUUUUGUAGGUAAGGGGACAUCCAUUCCAAGCCGUUUUGCAGUGGAGGAACCUGAAUCACCUAUAAGCAACUUGAACCAAGGAAAGAUCUACGGGGAGAACGAAAUUAAGGUGAAACAGGAGUCAAGUCUGGAUUUUAUUGAGAAUGCUAAUGUGCGCAUCCCUAUGUUGCAACAUCAUCCUUCAAAUGAUCUCAUGAGUGUUUUCUCCAAAUAGGUAAUGUAGUCCACAUCAUGUUACUAGGUUUAUUUACUCAUUUACUUUUAUUCAUGAGGAUUUCUGAUCUGUCUUCUGAAGUUAUGGUUUUUUUUCCUUUGGUUGGCCAUUGGUGAAUCAAAUGUGUUGAGAAACUAAGACUUGUGCAAUUUCUUGUAGAUACCUCUUUGGAUAACGGAAUUAGGUUAGUUUGAGUGGGUAUGCUGGCAUUUGGAACUGGCAUCGGGCGAUAUGAUAUACACACUGUCAACACUGUCAAUAGAGUAGAGGUUGGGCCGUUGCAGUAGUGGAUGUGCUACCACUUGGUGGUGUUGUCUUGCAGUAAUUUUACCAUGUCAAUGGCUGUUGAUGUGAAUUGGCUUUAUAUUAUUUAGGAUGUAUAGUGGCGUCUUCUUUAUUUUUCAUGAAUUUGCAAAGAGGUGUUUUAAAACUGCGUACCUUUAAAUGAUGGGGUUGGGAGUAUUAGGAUUUUGCUUGGUUACUGAAAUAGUCAUCUUGCUUGGUGACAGUGGUUACAUCUUUCUGUCCACUGGCAUAAUUGCACACAAAGUUCCUGUUGCUUCUGAAAUCUACUUUACAGUUCUUGUUGUGUGCCCUCUUGUUAGCUUGCACAGUGUGUGGUAGUCAUAUGGGUUUCUGCUGCCCUUAGUAGUCAUAUGGACUUAUUUAUGUCAAAAUGAG